AUGGCAUCACCAAGAUAUACACGCUUAGCAUCUCAUGGUGAGCCCAAUGAACCCAUCAUCCGUGCCUCCUCGCAACGUGGGCACCCCCAACUCGGCACCGACGACGGCCGCACCGCCGGCUUGGCGACACGUUUGGAUGUGGUGGACGUUGUUGCGCAGGUGCGCUGCCAGCAGGAGGCACAGGACAAGUUCGCGAGGCAGCUGGACGAGCUGUGGGGUGAAGAGCCGCUCUACACACCCACGGUAGAGGACCAGGCGAGCUGGUUCCAGCAGCUCUACUACGGCUGGAUUGGGAACUUCAUCUACAAGGCUGCGGCGGGAAGCAUCACCGAGGCGGACCUGCCGCCGCCGUCGCUGAGCACGCGAACAUACCACACGGGGCGCACGCUGUCAAGGCAGGUGCAUGCAGACAUCGAGGCAAGCCGGCGCUGGGACGGGUAUGUUGGGUGUGAGGUGGCGUACAAGGCGGAGCCGGAAACCAGCGGCGUGCUGCGUUGGGUCGGGUACCUACAGCAGUCGGACUACCCGCGGUCACUGGUGGCUGGAGUGGAGUGGCGUGUGCCGCCGCGGCACCGGCGGCAGGCCGCGACGGGCAGCGCAGCGGCGCUGCACAACGGCGUCGUGCAUGGUGAGCGUCUGUUUCAACCGCAUCGUGAUAACCAGCGAUGUUCGUGUGAGCCGGUGGAGCGGGUGUACCUGAGCUCGACGCGCAGCCAGACGCCUCCCGGGCCGCCACCGUCGCUGGAUUUUCUUUUGACACUCUGCAGAGCGCACUGGUACCACGUGUGGGCGCAGAUCCUACCGAAGCUGCUGUCAGAUGUUAGCGCGGUGCUGCUGCCAGUGCUGCUGGAAUACUUCGUGAAGUAUCUGGAUGCGGACGACACGACGUGGGGCUGGGGUGUGGGGCUCGCUCUGGCGAUCUUCCUUACCAGCCUGACCCAGAGCUGCACGGCGCACAAGUACGACCACAUCAGCAUUCGCAGCGCGGCGCUGUUUGAGACGUCGUCGAUGGCGCUGCUGUUUGAGAAGUGCCUCACGAUCUCGCAGCGCUCACUGCAGCGGCCGGACCUGUCGGUGGGGCGCGUCAUGAACAUGGUAGGAAACGACGUGGACAACAUUGGGAGUCUCAACUGGUACGUGAUGUAUUUUUGGAGUGCACCGCUGCAGCUGACGCUGUGCACGCUGUUGCUCUUAAGGCUCGUCGGGUGGUGCGCGCUGCCCGGCUUGGCUGUCCUCUUUGUGUCCCUCCCGCUACAAGGCGCCAUUUCCAAGCACCUUCAGGAUGUGUCCGAACGAAUGGCGAGCGUGGUGGACCUGCGCAUCAAGCGCACGAAUGAGCUGCUCUCUGGUAUCCGAAUCGUAAAAUUUAUGGGCUGGGAGCCUUUCUUCCUGGCUCAGAUCGAAGACGCCCGCCAUCGAGAGCUGCGGUGGCUGCGCGAUGUCCACCUGGCCAAUGUAGUCUUUAUGUUUGUGAACGGCGCGACGCCGACGGUGGUGAUUGCGGUAGUCUUCCUCUUGUACCAUGCGAGUGGGCAGGCGCUAAAGCCGGAGGUUGUCUUUCCGACGAUUGCCCUGCUCAACACGAUGCGGGUGUCGUUCUUCAUGAUUCCCAUUAUCCUCUCUGCUAUUCUGCAGUGCAUGGUGUCGACAAUGCGGGUGGCCACAUUCAUGGAGUGCCUGGACAGCCGCUCUCAAGUGCAGGACAUCACUGAAAGGUGUACUUCCGGUGCUGCAGCGAUCUUCAAAGAGACGUCAAUCCAUGCAUACCUGCCGGCGGAACUGCCACGGUGCAAGCCGCGCUUGACGACGGCAAUACAGCGCAUGAUGCUGUGGAUCCGUCGGCGCGGUGUGCCGGAGGCGGAGUGGUACGAGCUGGGCGACCCGGAUUCAAGCGGUUCCUCGCCGACAAUGCUCAGGCCAAUGCUAGACAUGGGCAGCGCGCAGGCUGACAAUGCUGGUGGCGCUGACACUGGCGAGGAGGGGGAUACGGAAAAGGGGGGCACAACGUACUACCAGCUUGUGCCGAAGGUGCUGCUGCGCGACGUGAACGUUGUCUUCCCUAAAGGCAAGCUGACGAUGGUGAUUGGCGCGACGGGGAGCGGGAAGUCGACGCUGCUGGGUGCGCUGAUGAGCGAGUACGAGGUGCAGAGCGGCGAGGUGUGGGCAGAGCGGAGCAUCGCGUAUGUGCCGCAGCAGGCGUGGAUCAUGAACGCGACGGUGCGCGGCAACAUCCUGUUCUUCGAUGAGGAGCGCCCAGCGGACCUUCAGGACGUGAUCCGGUGCUGCCAGCUGGAGGCGGACCUGCGUUCGCUGGCGAGCGGGUUGGAGACGGAGAUCGGCGAGAAGGGCGUGAACCUGAGCGGCGGGCAGAAGGCGCGUGUAAGCCUUGCGCGCGCGGUAUACGCCAACCGCGACGUGUACCUGCUGGACGACCCACUGUCUGCGCUGGACGCGCACGUCGGCCACCACAUUGUGCAUGAAGUCCUCCUUGGCCGGCUGCGCGGGAAGACGCGCGUGCUCGCCACGCACCAAAUCCACCUGCUGUCGCUCGCGGAUCAUAUUGUGGCGCUUCAGCGCGGCCGCAUCGUGUUUGCUGGCGACUACGCUGCCUUUGCGGAGACGUCUCUGGAGGAAACGCUGCGUGGUGAACUGAAGAACGACGUGGACGCGAGUUCUCGUGACAGUGAUGUAAAUGCAGAGGUGACAGGAGUUGAAAGGGCUCCUGCUCUGACGGAUGCUAAUACGCCCGAAGCUGAGCAGAGGGAAAACUUUGGAGAAGAGGAUCUCUCUAGGCUGGGUGCCGCUGCCGGGAAGCUGAUGACGAGGGAGGAGAAGGCAACCGGCAGUGUGCCAUGGUCAACCUACGUCGCGUAUCUGAGCUUGUGUGGUGGCCUGCCUGCUUGGGGAUGCCUGCUAGUCGCCUUUGUGGUGACGGAGUGUGUGAAUGCGGCUAACGGCGUGUGGUUGUCGAUGUGGUCGACAGACUCGCUGAAGAAGAGCGCGGACAUAUACCUCUAUGUCUAUCUCCUCGUUGUGUUCCUUGGCAUCUUCAGCUCUCCGCUGCGGUGUUUUUUAUGUUAUCACCUCAUGCGAAUGGGCAGCCGCAACAUGCAUCGCGACCUCCUCGAGUCCGUCGGAAUCGCGCGGAUCUCCUUCUUCGACACAACGCCCCGGGGACGCGUGCUGAACCGCUUCACCAAGGACAUGGGUAUUCUUGACAACACGCUGAACGACAGCUACCUUUACCUACUGCAGUACUUCUUCUCCAUGUGCUCCACUAUCAUUAUUAUGUCGGCCGCGCAGCCCUUCGUGCUUGUCGUGAUUAUUCCGUGCGCGUUCAUUUACUACAAGCUGAUGCAGGUGUACAACGCGUCCAACCGCGAGACUCGCCGUAUCAAGAGCAUCGCGCACUCGCCCGUGUUCACGCUGCUGGAGGAGUCGCUGCAGGGGCAGUGUACCAUCGCAGCGUACGGCAAGACGCACCUAGUGCUCCAGGAGGCACUGAAGCGGCUGGACGUAGUUUACAGCGCGCUGUAUAUGCAGAACGUCUCCAACCGCUGGCUCGGCGUUCGCCUCGAGUUUGCGAGUUGCAUUAUUAUCUUCUUAGUGGCCCUCAUUGGUGUGACCGGGAAGAUGAAGUGGGCAGCGACUCAAAAGACAGGUAUGGUCUCGCUGUCUCUGACAAUGGCGAUGACGCUAACGGAGACGCUGAACUGGCUUGUGCGGCAGGUUGCCACGGUGGAGGCAAACAUGAACAGCGUGGAGCGUGUCCUGCACUACACUCGAGAGGUGGAGCACGAGGAGAUGCCGGAGAUGAGGGAUCUGGUGGCGAAGCUGGAAAGGAAAAGGGAAGGUACAGCAGCGGACGUGACGGGGACUGUUGUUAUCGAGCCUGCGAGCCCGACGAGCACCGCGCCACACCCUGUGCAGGCCGGGUCGCUGGUGUUCGAGGAUGUGCGGAUGCGGUACCGCGAGGGGCUGCCGCUCGUGCUGCGCGGCGUGAGCUUCCAGAUCGCGCCGCGCGAGAAGGUCGGCGUUGUUGGGCGGACGGGGAGCGGGAAGUCGACGCUGCUGCUGACGUUCAUGCGGAUGGUGGAGGUGUGCGGCGGGGCGAUCCGCGUGAACGGGCGCGACAUCGGCGCGUACGGGCUGCGCGAGCUGCGGCGGCAGUUCUCGAUGAUCCCGCAGGACCCCGUGCUGUUCGACGGGUCUGUGCGGCUGAACGUGGACCCGUUCCUGGAGGCGUCGCCUGCGGAGGUGUGGGCCGCGCUGGAGCUUGUGGGGCUUCGCGAGCGCGUUGCGUCGGAGAGCGAGGGGAUCGACAGCCGCGUGCUGGAGGGCGGGUCGAACUACAGCGUGGGGCAGCGGCAGCUGAUGUGCAUGGCGCGCGCGCUGCUGAAGAGGGGGAGCGGCUUCAUUCUGAUGGACGAGGCGACGGCGAGCAUCGACCCGGCGCUUGACCGGCAGAUCCAGGCAACUGUGAUGAGCGCGUUCUCGGCGUACACUGUGAUCACGAUCGCGCACCGGCUGCACACUGUCGCGCAGUGCGACAAGAUCAUCGUGAUGGACCACGGUGUUGUUGCGGAGAUGGGCAGCCCGCGCGAGCUGGCGGAGCGGCCGGACUCCAUCUUUAGCGGGAUGGUGGAGGCUCUGGGCAACCGUGGUGCGAAAGAAUUCCACCACCUUCUCCUGUGA